UGAUUCUUUGAACUUAGAGUUAAAAGUGUUGAUUGAAAAAUGCAUUUUGCUGUUAAUUUUACCUUGUGUUUAUUUUUUGUUAUCACUCAAUUUGAUUGUUUGCCUGUCCAAGAUGAAUCACAAAAUAGUACAACGACAAUUCGGCCGAUUCCUCCAAAACCAUUUUUAUUGGAUGUAAAACAGAAUAUUGGAACUUCUCCUUUUGAUACUUCAUCAUUGACCCUGGUGAGAAAUAAUGGUUGUCCUAGUUCAAACCAGAUGCGUGAUCCCAAUGGAAAUUGCAGGGAAAUUGAAUGAUAAACUGUUUAUUAUUAUUAUUUAUUAUUGAAAAAUAAACAUAUUCUAAUUAGGUAUAUUUACUUUAUUGCAACUUCUGUAUUUAAAAAGUUUCAUUUUAAUUUAACACGAAAUUACAUUGAUGUUUCUAUAACAAAGUUGGCUUAAAAACUAAAAUUCUAUACUGCUGCAAGCCCG